AUGAAUAACGCGUUCCUCCACGGGUAUUCUGAUGAGGACAUCUACAUGCUCCUUCCUGCUGGUUAUAAUGUGGAUUUGGGACUGGUGUGCAAGCUAGAGAGGUCCUUGUACAAGUUGAAGCAAGCUUCGCCAAUGGAACGUCGAGUUGACAUUGAAGCUACAACAAUUUGGUUUUACUCAAGAGUGAAGGCCUAUCUACAUAAUUUCUUCACUAUCAAAGACAAGGGAGAUGCUCACACUGGUCUGUUGGGGGCUAAAUCAUUGGUCACGCCUUUUCCAGUAGGUCUCAAAUUGGCCUCAGAUACAGGUGCUCUGCUUCGGGCUCAAAAUUCAUACAAAGAUUUAAUGGGUAGGCUACUCUAUUUGAGCUUUACUAGACCCGAUAUUUCCCACUCUGUGCAACAGUUAAGCCAGUACCUCAAUCACCUUUGCGAUGCCUAUUGGAAUGCUGCUCUCCACGUGGUUAGAUACCUCAAAGGAUGCCCUUCGCUUGGGUUGUUUUUGCCUGCUGUUAACUCUUUGGACCUUCAAGGUUAUUGCGAUGCCGAUUGGGCAUCGUGUUCUGAUUCUAGGAGUUCAUUAACCGAUUUCUGUAUCUUUCUUGGGGGACCUCUUGUCUCGUGGAAAACUAAGAAGCAAUCGACGGUUUCUCACUCUUCUGCAGAGGCAGAAUAUCGUAGUUUGGCAGCAAUGGUUUGUGAGUUGCGUUGGUUACCUUUUUUGCUGGCAGAUUUUGGUGUCUCAUUGUCUUUGCCUGUGUCUCUCUUUUGUGAUAACAAGGCCGCACUUCACAUUCUUGCGAAUCCUGUGUUUCACGAACGCACCAAGCACAUUGAGAUUGAUUGCCACCUUGUUCGUGAUGCUUACACGGCUAGUUUUAUUGCCCCUGUGCUCAUUCUCAGCUUCACCCAACUUCCAGAUGUGUUCACGAAGGCUCUACCAUUGAAGUUGUUCAGCUCUUUUUUGUCCAAGUUGGGACUCCCUGCAGUUGCUAAAGGUGCUGGAGUUGCUUCAGACCUUCUUGAUCAAGGAUGA